CUUCUCUCACGCGAGCUCAUCGUCGUCAGCUCCGGGGCGUGUGCCAGAUCAGAGGCGGAGGAGGGGACAGCUCCCAGGUGCUGAAACUGCUCUGCGCUCCAAAAGACAGAGGCAGACAGACAGACAGACAGAGAGUGAGAGCGAGAGAGAGGGAGAGAGAGAGUGUGUGCGUGUGUGUGUGUGAGAGAGAGAGGGCGAAGAUCAACGACAAAUAUAAAAACCAUACUCUGCGAAUCAGGGGCAGAUACAGAUAGAGAGCCGAGGCCUUCAAAACAGACGCUGCCUCUGUGGCGAGUGUGGUUUUUUUUCGCUCUCAUACACGGAAGCAGACGGAAAUCUAAUGCAGAUGGCUGCUACUCAGGAUGUGAAAGGGAAGGGGGAGGGAGGAGACCAAAACUUCGACUACAUGUUCAAGUUGCUGAUCAUCGGCAACAGCAGCGUGGGUAAAACGUCUUUCCUGUUCCGAUACGCUGACGACGCCUUCACCUCGGCCUUUGUCAGCACAGUGGGCAUCGACUUCAAAGUGAAGACCGUGUACAAGAAUGACAAGAGGAUCAAACUACAGAUCUGGGACACAGCAGGCCAGGAGCGAUACAGGACCAUCACCACUGCCUACUACCGUGGAGCUAUGGGCUUCAUCCUAAUGUACGACAUCACCAAUGAGGAGUCCUUCGGUGCCGUGCAGGACUGGUCAACCCAGAUAAAGACCUACUCGUGGGACAACGCACAGGUGGUGCUGGCUGGAAAUAAGUGUGACAUGGAAGAGGAGAGAGUGGUCUCAGUGGAUAGUGGCAGACUGCUGGCAGAGCAGCUGGGUUUUGAGUUCUUCGAGACGAGCGCCAAGGACAACGUCAACGUGAAGCAGACCUUUGAACGUCUCGUCGACCUAAUUUGUGACAAGAUGUCCGAGAGCUUGGACACUGAUCCGGCUGUCACCACGGGAGCCCCCACUGCCAAACUCACAGACACUGCUCCGCCCCUUCAGCAGCCUGGAUGCAACUGUUAGUAACUAAUGUCAGGAAGCCAAGUGAGGGUAGCACAGGCCCCUAGUAAGUGUGCCGAGUUUUGUUCUCCCUCAGCAUUAUUAACCCUGCUAGUGCUGCUUUCUCCGGACUACACUUCAGACCCUCUUUAGCAUUAGAAUUACAAAAAAAAACAAUGCUGUUGUAUUAUCACUCAACUUUAUCACCUUAUAUCAAGAGCAAAUAACCAGACAGACAUGGCAAAUGUGUAAUAUUACAGGAUAUUUACAAUUUAGAAUCACUAAUGUCCUUCUUCUUUUUUUUGGCUUAGUUAGUAUGGUUUAAAACCAUGUAUGUUUGAUAAGGCUGUAUGUAGUUCACAGUCAUUCUGUACAGUAACCACCUUUAAGACCUAAACAUAGCUAUAACAUGAGGGAUAGAAUCAAUGAGUGCUUUAAUAAUUCUUUUAUGUCUAUUUUUUGUACUCCCGCCCCCUUUAUAGGUUUUAGUUUCUCCUAAAGCUGCCAAAUCAGUGAUUUAGUGCACUAUAGGAUGUAGCCGAUUUGUUUUGUGUAAUGGGUGUGUGUGUGUGUGUGUGUGUGUGGUCUUGUGAGUGAGCGUGUGUUUGCAUGAGUGUGAGUAUCGUGUUUGAG